CUCCCACCCGCCGCGCCGAGGAGAGGCAGAAGCAGCCAUGGGGUGCAUUAAAAGCAAAGAAGAUAAAGGUCCAGGCAUGAAGUACAGAAGUGACAAUGCUCCAGAGCCUGUCAUUGCCCACGUGAGCCACUUUGGGUCAGACUCCAGCCAGGCAUCACAGUCACCAUCAGUAAAGGGAUCAGCAGUGAACUUUAACAGUCAUUCCAUGACUCCUUUUGGAGGACCCUCAGGAAUGACACCCUUUGGAGGAGCAUCCUCUUCAUUUUCAGCUGUGCCAAGUCCAUAUCCUAGUACUUUAACAGGUGGUGUUACUGUUUUUGUGGCCUUAUAUGACUAUGAAGCUAGAACUACAGAUGACCUGUCCUUCAAGAAGGGGGAGCGGUUCCAGAUCAUCAAUAACACGGAAGGAGACUGGUGGGAAGCAAGAUCCAUUGCUACAGGAAAAACUGGCUACAUCCCAAGCAAUUACGUAGCUCCUGCAGACUCCAUUCAAGCAGAAGAGUGGUAUUUUGGUAAGAUGGGCAGGAAGGAUGCAGAAAGGCUACUUCUGAAUCCUGGGAACCAACGUGGGAUUUUCUUAGUACGAGAGAGUGAAACCACUAAAGGUGCUUAUUCCCUUUCCAUACGUGACUGGGAUGAAGUCAGAGGUGACAAUGUGAAACACUACAAAAUCAGAAAACUUGACAAUGGUGGAUACUACAUCACAACCAGAGCACAGUUUGAAUCUCUCCAGAAGCUGGUGAAACACUACAGAGAGCAUGCUGAUGGGCUGUGUCACAAGCUGACAACUGUGUGUCCCACUGUGAAACCACAGACACAGGGACUAGCAAAAGAUGCCUGGGAAAUCCCUAGAGAAUCUUUGAGGCUGGAAGUAAAGUUGGGCCAAGGGUGCUUUGGUGAAGUAUGGAUGGGGACAUGGAACGGAACCACAAAAGUAGCAAUCAAGACCCUCAAACCUGGUACGAUGAUGCCAGAGGCUUUCCUGCAGGAGGCUCAGAUCAUGAAGAAGCUACGGCACGACAAACUGGUCCCACUCUAUGCUGUGGUCUCUGAGGAGCCCAUCUACAUUGUCACUGAGUUCAUGACAAAAGGCAGCUUGCUAGACUUCCUUAAAGAAGGAGAAGGGAAAUACUUAAAACUGCCCCAGCUGGUUGACAUGGCUGCUCAGAUUGCUGAUGGCAUGGCUUACAUUGAAAGAAUGAACUACAUCCACAGGGACCUGCGGGCAGCCAACAUCCUUGUAGGAGACAAUCUGGUGUGUAAGAUAGCAGACUUUGGGCUGGCAAGGUUAAUAGAGGACAAUGAGUACACUGCAAGGCAAGGAGCCAAGUUUCCCAUCAAGUGGACUGCUCCAGAGGCAGCCCUCUACGGGCGCUUUACAAUCAAGUCGGAUGUGUGGUCCUUUGGAAUUCUGCUGACAGAGCUGGUAACAAAGGGCAGAGUGCCAUACCCAGGGAUGGUGAACCGGGAAGUUCUGGAACAAGUGGAACGUGGCUACAGGAUGCCUUGCCCACAAGGCUGCCCAGAGUCCCUGCAUGAGCUAAUGAAACUGUGUUGGAAGAAGGACCCUGAUGAGAGACCAACAUUUGAGUACAUACAGUCUUUCCUGGAGGACUACUUUACUGCUACAGAACCACAGUACCAGCCUGGAGACAAUUUGUAAGA